AUGUCGGCCACACCCGGCCUCCUGCACCAGGAGCUGUCCUGCCCGCUGUGCCUGCAGCUGUUCGACGCGCCCGUGACGGCUGAAUGCGGCCACAGCUUCUGCCGCGCCUGCCUGGGUCGCGUGGCGGGGGAGCCGGCAGCCGACGGCACGGUGCUCUGCCCCUGCUGUCAAGCACCCACACGGCCGCAGGCACUCAACACCAACCUGCAGCUAGCGCGCCUGGUGGAGGGGCUGGCGCAGGUGCCUCAGGGCCACUGUGAGGAGCACCUGGACCCUCUCAGCAUCUACUGCGAGCAGGACCGCGCUCUCGUGUGCGGUGUGUGCGCCUCGCUCGGUUCGCAUCGCGGCCACCGCCUGCUGCCUGCCGCCGAGGCCCAUGCGCGCCUCAAGACGCAGCUCCCCCAACAGAAGAUGCAGCUGCAGGAGGCAUGUAUGCGCAAGGAGAAGAGUGUGGCUGUGCUGGAGCAUCAGCUAGCGGAGGUGGAGGAGACAGUGCGUCAGUUCCGGGGGGCCGUGGGGGAGCAGUUGGGCAAGAUGCGGGUUUUCCUGGCUGCAUUGGAGGCUUCAUUAGACCGAGAGGCAGAGCGUGUGCGGGAUGAGGCAGGAGUCGCACUCAGGCGGGAGCUGGGGGGCUUGAACUCUUACCUGGAGCAGCUGCGGCAGAUGGAAAAAGUGCUGGAGGAGGUGGCGGACAAGCCACAGACUGAGUUCCUCACGAAAUACUGCCUGGUGACCAGCAGGCUACAGAAGAUCCUGGCAGAGUCUCCACCGCCUGCCCGCUUGGACAUCCAGUUGCCUGUCAUCUCAGAUGACUUCAAAUUCCAGGUGUGGAGGAAGAUGUUCCGGGCUCUGAUGCCAGCGCUGGAGGAGCUGACCUUUGACCCGAGCACGGCGCACCCGAGCCUGGUGGUGUCACCGUCAGGUCGCCGCGUGGAGUGCUCGGAGCAGAAGGCGCCACCAGCUGGUGAGGACCCGCGCCAGUUCGACAAGGCCGUGGCGGUGGUGGCGCACCAGCUGCUCUCUGACGGCGAGCACUACUGGGAGGUGGAGGUGGGCGACAAGCCACGUUGGGCACUCGGCAUUAUCGCGGCUGAGGCCAGUCGCCGCGGCCGGCUGCACGCUGUCCCCUCGCAGGGCCUCUGGCUGCUCGGGCUUCGCGACGGCAAGAUCCUGGAGGCACACGUUGAGGCCAAGGAGCCUCGCGCACUGCGCACACCGGAGAGGCGGCCGACGCGCAUAGGUCUCUACCUAAGCUUCGGGGAGGGCACCCUCGCCUUCUACGACGCCACUGACGCUGACGCGCUAGUGCUGCUCUUUGCCUUCCACGAGCGCCUGCCCGGGCCAGUGUACCCCUUCUUUGACGUGUGCUGGCAUGACAAGGGCAAGAACGCGCAGCCGCUGCUGCUGGUGGGGCAAGAUGGAGGGCAGGCCUGAGCCACCUGGCUAGGUUGGGGAGGGGUGCCGGGUCCUGGCCGUUUGGGGCUCAGGCCUGGUUCCCCAGGCCUGGAGGGAGACAGGCAAGAACGGAGGUUGCCA